AUGAAGGCUGUAGCUCUCUUCAUUUGUCUUGUAGGAUCAGCUGUUGCUAUUCCAACCCACCCCUUAAACUACAAACUCAGAGCCCAUGGACAGAAAACUCCAGAAAAGACUGAAGAUAUCCGUCCUGAAGCUCCAAAGGAAGAGAAUGCAGGAUAUGUAGAGAAGAGUUAUUUGUUUCCUAGUCAUAAAAAUCUAAAACCAGAGGUAUCAAUACCAGACACUGAGCACAGGGAUGAGCUCCAGACCACCAGAAAACAAGGAAAAAUUGGUAGUGAGCAUCAAGCAAAAAAUAGCCUAAAAAGCAUCAAUUUCCUUGUGCUGCACAAUAAACCAGGUCUGGCUUCUGAUAACCAGGACAGUGACUCUGGAAGCAGUAGCACAGAACAGUCCAGCUCAGAUCAUUAUCAGGUCAGGAGGCAUGAGAAACACAGCAAUAUAGCCAUUCAACAUGUUCUUGGCAAUGGGGAAAAUCCAGUGGGUGCUCUUAGUCUGGAUCGUGAGCAUAACAUGUGGAAAUACAAUAAAAAUACAGUUGGCCCAUCUGAAAAAAACAGUGAAAGUGAUGACAAAAGAAGUGUGGAAGAAGAGGAUGAGGAAUGGGGUGAAGAAACUGACUACAGGGUUAUGAAGCACAGAGGCCCUCAGACAAAUCAAAGUAAUCAAUACAAAAGACAGCAAAAUGGAAACAGUAUGCAAUCUGAUGAAAUCCUGGGAGACUCCAGUCACUCAAUCCACAUAACCAAGAGACAUAGUAAGAAUUUUGGCCUAGAGGAAGAAGAGAGGGAGAACAGCCAGAAGCUGCCCUAUGAAGAAAUCCCUCUCUCUCAAAAAUCCCUUAACAAAGAUCCGGAUGUCAAACAACAAAGUCAAGACAAUACUCAGGUAAACUAUCAGAGUUAUCAUGACACAGGAGUGAAAAGACAAGACACAGAGGACAGUAAUGUUGAUGAUGAUGGUCAGGAUAGUGGUGAUGUUGAUAGUGAGGAAGAUCUCAGCAAUAUCUGGAAGGAAGCAGGCUAUGAGGAAGAAGAGAGAAUCCAAAAAAAUGACCAGGAGAGCGCCAGUACUGAGCACGAAGGGGAAGGUACCACCAGAGAUGACACAACAGUUUAUAAAGAGAUCGAAGAUUACCAAGAUAUCAAGAUUGAAGACUUUAUUCACUCUGAACAGGAUGAUUACAAUCAUGAGCCACCAAGUUCUGACAGUGACCAGCAACUGGAAACUAGUAGCUCUGUUCAGAGCAUGAAUUCAAUGGAAAGUGAAGAUAAGGUUAAGACUGCAGGUAGCUCCAAUGGUGAGAUGCAAAGUGCAAGCAAGAGAAGUGAGAAGGCUCUCCUGGGGUCAUGCAGGAACUUCCACUGCAAGCAAGGUAAAGUCUGCCAUGUGGACAAACAUGGGAAAUCCAGCUGCAUUUGCCAAGAUCCUGCUGCUUGCCCUUCCACCAAAGACUAUGAGCGUGUUUGUGGUACGGAUAAUAAGACUUAUGACGGCACAUGUCAACUCUUUGGCACAAAAUGUCAACUUGAAGGGACAAAACUGGGACGCCAGUUGCACCUAGACUAUAUGAGCUCCUGCAAAUACAUCCCCAACUGUACCGAUUACGAAGUGAAACAGUUCCCCCUCCGGAUGCGAGACUGGCUUAAAAACAUCCUAAUGCAAUAUUAUGAACAUGAUCUGGACACUUCAGGAUUUCUAACUGAAAAGCAAAGGAGUAAGAUAAAAAAAAUCUACCAGGAUGACAAGCGCCUCAUGGCUGGUGACCACACAGUUGAGCUACUCCUACAUGACUUUGAAAAAAAUUACCACAUGUAUGUGUAUCCCGUGCACUGGCAGUUUCAUCAGCUUGAUCAGCACCCCAUUGACAGAUUAUUAACGCAUUCAGAGCUCGCACCCUUGAGAGCCUCCCUUGUUCCCAUGGAACACUGCAUAACCCGGUUCUUCCAGGAGUGUGAUGGAGAUCGAGACAAACUCAUUGCUUUGAAGGAAUGGUGUCACUGCUUUGGGAUUAAGGAAGAAGACACAAAUGAAAAUCUCCUGUUCUGAGUCUACCUGAGCAGAAUCCCAGUGCUGCAGUUAAACUGGUGAAAUAUAUUAAUUCUGUUUAUUUCUGUAAUUAACAGCUUCAUAGUUUUCAAGACAAAGGUGGCAUAAGGUUCAUUGCAUUCUUAUCAAAGAACGCAUCUGCAGAAAAGUUCUACAUUCGCUAACAGCAGGAUAAAACCUGUUCCAUGUGGUUCACAGCUAAACAAGCAGUGUUUUGCCCCACAUGUAUCCAUGAUCUCUUUGAACUAAUAAACAGUACUAAUCUGAUGACUGAGCUGUUCACAAAAGUCUUCAGUAAAAUUAUAGGAUGUGGAUUUUACCAUAUAUUGGGGAAAAUUACCUUGAAAUAGGUCUUGUUUCCUUUAUUUACUGUAUGGUCAGUUUAACAU